CUCCCUCCCUGCGAGCCUCGCACAGCCUUGGGACUGCGAGUGUGCCGGGACUCCCUGCACGCGUCCGGAGAGCGCUCGGCGCUUUCGGCUCACCUGGACACCCGCUCCCAGCCCCGCGCCACCUCGCCCGAAGCUCCUCCGAGACUCGCGGGCUGCGGGAGGAGCCGCGGUCACCCCGCGCCCGGGGUGGGGGUCGUUCGCUCGCGUCCUCCUGGCCACGAGAAGGAAGGGGCGGCGGCGGCGGCGGCAGGAGCACGGGUGGACGGCCUGAGGUGCUAGCCCGACCGGCCCCUCUGGGAAUAUGGCGACCGGUGGCUACCGGGCCAGCGGCGGCCUCGGCGGCAGCACCACAGACUUCCUGGAGGAGUGGAAGGCGAAGCGCGAGAAGAUGCGCGCCAAGCAGAACCCCCCGGGCCCGGCCGUCCCGGGCGGGGGCAGCAGCGACGCGGCCGGGAAGCCCCCAGUGGGGGCUCUGGCCACCUCGGCGGCCGCAGCGACCAACGAGCUCAACAACAACCUCCCGGGCGGCUCGGCCGCACCUGCCGCCCCCGGCCCGGGAGGCGUGAACUGCGCCGUCGGCUCCGCAGGACUGAGCCGGGCGGCCCCGGGCCCGCGGCGCGCGGAGGAGGAGUCCCCCGGCCCCUCCGCGGUUCCCGCCGCCGCCGCCGCCGCCGCGGGCGCUCCGCAGCCCCGGGGCGACGAGGAGGAGCCGGACGGCGCCCCGGACAAGGGCAAGAGCUCGGGCCCCAGUGCCAGGAAAGGCAAGGGGCAGAUCGAGAAGAGGAAGCUGCGGGAGAAGCGGCGCUCCACCGGCGUGGUCAACAUCCCGGCGGCGGAGUGCUUAGAUGAGUAUGACGACGAUGAAGCAGGACAGAAGGAGCGGAGACGAGAAGAUGCAGUCACACAACAGAACACAAUGCAGAAUGAAGCUGUCAGCUUAGUAGACCCAGGCGGUUCCUAUCUGCCACAGGAACCAUCUAGAACAGUUUCAGGCAGAUACAAAAGUACAGCUGCUGCCUCUGAAGAAGAUGGAUCAAGUCGAUAUCCACGAACAGAUAGGAGUGGGUUCAGUAGAUAUAACAGGGAUGGAAAUGCUUCAGGUAAUCUGCUAUCUAGUAGUGCAUUGGAAAAGAAAAUUGAAGAACUUGAAAAGGAAAUACUAAGAGAAAGGCAAGAAAACCUAAGGCUUGUGAGACUGAUGCAAGAUAAAGAAGAAAUGAUUGGAAAACUCAAGGAAGAAAUUGAUAUGUUAAAUAGAGAACUGGAUGACGUAGAAGAUGAAAAUCAACAACUAAAGCAGGAAAAUAAAACUCUUUUGAAAGUUGUUGGGCAGUUGACAAGGUAGAAGAUCCAAGGCUCAAUGUGGAAAAAAUAUUUUAAAACUACUGAUUGAAUGUUAAUGAUCAAUGCUAGGACUAUACUCCUAUGCUGCAAUACCUUAAAAUAACUAAGUAUGUAUAUUUAUUUCUAAAAAAUGGAUGGAUGUUUAUUUUCAAAAUAUUUCUUUUCUUUAUUAGUUUCAGAAUAGUUUCAACUUUUAUUUCAUAAGUAGCGUCUUUCAGUUAUUAAAAUGAUAGAUAAUGCCUCCUUUGGUUUUACGUGGUAUUCAAAUAAUAACAUGGCUUAAAGUCACAACCAUUUGAGUUUGUUUUAUCUAUGAUAGUACAUUUUUCUCCCUAAAAGAUAUAUGCAUAGUCUUUGUUUACAUGAAUUCAAAUACUUUUGGGGAGUUACCUUCACAUGCCUUAUUACUAAUGUGUGCAGCCUUUUACUUGUUGAUGACUUAGUUAACAAGGUAUUUAGUCUACUGUUUGUUCUUUCCACUUUAAGUGAUCUAUAGUAAGAGGGUUAGACUAUUUUGUAUAAUGUAGUCUUAUAAAAGGAAAGCUGUUAUAAAAUAAAAGUCAGUUUAUAGCAUGUUCUAGUUGGCUAAAUGUAAAUUUAAGAAAAUACUUGAAUUUUGCUAUAUAUAGUAAGUAAAAAUUUACUGUUUUGUGUUUGAAUAUUGAAAAAAAUUUUAAAUCAUUUUAGCUUCUGAAAUAUUACAAUUGUGAUUCUAGUGUAAAGUGUCUUAUGUAGGUACUACUUUUUUUUUUAAUUAUUCCAAGGUUUAUUAGUGAACAUGGCAUAUUUAAAAAGUUGUUUAUUCUUCAGGCCUUGAAAAUGUAUACAACUCCAAUGUGUAAAAACAUCCAUAUUAUUAUAUUCAUUAAACUCAAAAAAAUCUUUAUCCAUA